AUGGGCGACCCACACACCGCUUGGCUCCACUUUCAUGGGCGGCAAAGGUUCGAGGAAACGAGAGGUGUCAGCCCAAGCAAUGAUGGAAUGGUCGACGAACUGGUGGAAUCUCAUGCCUUGCGAAGCAAAGAGUGCAUUGAUGCUUUCAAGGCAGUGGACCGUGGGCACUUUUGGCCAGCCACUGGGGGUGAUUUGGCCUAUGCGGACAUGCCGUUGCGUCAUGGCCGGCUACACCUCUCUGCACCACACAUCUAUGGAAAGGCGCUUGAAUCUUUGAUGCCCUUGCAGCCUGGGAUGUCCUUCCUGAACAUCGGCUCCGGCACCGGAUAUUUCAACUGCAUCGUGUCCGAAUUCACCGGGCCGCACGCCGCCAACCAUGGCGUUGAGAUCUGGCCUGAGACUGUGGCCCAUGCUAAAGCUCGAGCAGCUGCACUGGGUAAGCACAGCCUACAGUUCACCGUCGGAAACAUCUACCAGCUCAAUGUGAAUGACACCAUGCGCUACGACAGGAUCUACGUCGGUGCUUGUGCGAACUCAAAGUCCAAAUACCUCUACAGGCUUUUGGAGGUCGGUGGCAUCCUCAUCGGCCCCUUUCAGGUUGGACAUAGCCAGCAAUUGCGACGCGUGGUUCGUAAGACAGAAAAUGACUUCUUUGUCGAGGUCCUCGGGUCUGUCCAGUUUGCAACCCUGGUCGAGCCCAUGCAAUGUACUCGAUCGGCUGGUGUUUUUGCUCCUCCUCCUCGAACUGCUCCUCAGACGGAGGAGGUGCAACACUCGGCUCAAAGUGGCACGACGACGCCAGCCACGAUGUCUUCUGGUGAAGCCUCAGAGAAUGAGUGCCACCAACCCAUAGGCCUCCUUCAAGCAAACCGUCGCAACCGGCUUGCUGUGCAGACCGAAAGAAGGAAUGGUUGGCUUGCCCGCGGAGAUUUGGAUCAAGCACAUCAUCCCUUGGUGCUCCAGGAGGUGGUUCGAGUGCCCUCGAAACGGAACUCCUGCCAUGCAACCGACGGCCACACCUUCUGCUCCUUCAUCUUUGGUCCUUCCAGUGCAGUGUGGAAAGGCGAUCAAACUGUAGAAGUAGGACCCUUCAUGACCCUUCUCAUCAGAGAUGACUUGAAAUGUCGCUUUGCUUAUGACGCUCAAAACUUUCAGGACGAGGAUGAGUCAAUGGAGGCAACAGAAGGCUUGUUCCCCAUCAUUUGGGACUUAUGGAGAUCCAGUCUCCCACAAGUCUUGAGUCGAAGUGAGCUGUGGUUCUUCUGUGGCAUCAACCUGGCAACAUGGGGUGCAUUUCAAGUUGAACAUGGUUCGGUUCGCAGCAACCAGCAGGGGGUGAAUUUUGACCUGGGGUCAAACAUCAGCGUCGACUGGGUGGAUCUAAAGAUGCUGACAAUGAUCAGCACAACCCUCCUGGCCUUCUAUGUGCACCAGUGCUUCGGAAGGUAUCAGCUUAUUUGCACAUUGACUACACGAAUGCUGAGCUCCGCACAUGAUGUUGCUUUUCAGGCGCGCUUGUUCUUGAGUUCCAAGGGUUCCAGACUCUGCAGCAGAUGGCUGGCCCUGACAGCCCUACUGACCUUGACCGAAGGCCCUUCCAUCCGCGCCUGGCGUAAGUUGGUGGCGCGGGGCUUCGUGAAACGCGCAGAGGUGGAGCCUUUGAGGAGAAUGGGCCCUGCAAGACGCUGGCUGUUGCUGCAAAAGGUCACACACCUGGUAGCCACUGAGGUCAGUGAUAAAGUCCUUGGCGAAAUGAUUGGUCGAGUUUUGGCCAUGAAAGACUACCAACAAGAAAUCUUGGAGACGAGAAACUUGUGGUUGCCCUUCAGAUAUCAUCACUUGCUGACAGUGGUGAUUAUGGUCAACCUCUUGCUGCUGUCAUAUGGCUCUGCAUUGUCCACAAGUUGUCUUGCACCUCCUGUCUUUUUCCUCAUCACUAUCUUCUUCUUCGGUAUGAUGGAGGUAUCACUUCAGCUUUGGAAUCCAUUGGCAGAAGAGUCCAGACUGCAGGUACCGAAGCUCACCGAGGACUUUCUGCUCUCCAUGCACGCUCUCAUGCACUACGAGCAUGAUGGACCAGCAGAGCAAUGGCACAGCGAUUUGAAGGAGGAGCAGUCCAUUUCAAAUCAAAUGUCGGAAUACUACGGUGAGGAUGUUCUGUUCGAGGUUUGGAGCAAUGGUCGCCGCUAUGCAAUUGGCCGUGAGGGCGAUCCAGAUGAUGCUGAUCAUGAUCAACGUAUGGCGGUGCCGUUGCGGGUGCUGCAGCUGCUGGCAAACGAGGCACGCAGCAGACAACGCCGACGCCAACGCGAAGAGGAGGAACAGGAGCCUGAACCUGAAUCCGUUCAGGCCGAUGACCUUUGGGAUGAUGCCCAGGAACCCUGGGAAUGGGGAGAGGAGGGCAUGGAUCUGGAGAUGGAGAACGAGCCUCGACGUGAGGACACUGCGAUGCAGGAUGUGGAGGCCGAAGACGUGCGCAUGCUGUGA